GCAGGAGGCUGGGCCCCAGAAGGGCGCCCCUUAAACCAGGCCAGGCGGCCGAGGGCCGCAGUCAGCCCAGCCCAGCCCCGCGGCCCCGGAACCGAGCGCCGCGGGAGCUGUUUCCAGCGGGGACCGUGCGCGGGCGGCGGCAGGAAGGAGGCUGAGGCGUGUGCGGGGGCUGCGGGGACCAGGGCCCGGCUGCGCAUCCGAAGCCCCCGCCCGGCAGAGGCUGCAGACUCAUCACACUGAGACUUCCAAGUUCUCAUCUUCCAUCCUCUUCCUGCAUUGCCUUGUGAAGAUAGACAUGGCCAGGGUGGUCAGAAUGUUUAAAACCUUCAAGACUCACUGGAAGAAAACCACAGUUGGGGUCUGCUUGCUCACCUGGGGAGGAAACUGGCUCUAUGGAAAACACUGUGAUAACCUGCUAAGGAGAGCUGCAUGCCAGGAAGCCCAGGUGUUUGGCAACCAGCUGAUUCCUUCCAACAUGCAGGUGAAGAAAGCAACAGUUUUCCUCAACCCAGCAGCUUGCAAAGGAAAAGCAAGAAACCUUUUUGAAAAGAAUGCUGCCCCAAUUUUACAUUUAUCUGGCUUGGAUAUAACCAUAGUUAAGACAGAUUACGAAGGACAAGCAAAAAAGCUGCUGGAAUUGAUGGAAAAUACGGACCUGAUCAUUAUUGCAGGAGGGGAUGGAACUGUACAGGAGGUCAUAACCGGACUCCUCCGCAGAGCAGAUGAGGCUACCUUCAGUAAGAUUCCUAUUGGAUUCAUUCCCCUUGGAAAGACCUGUACUCUGAGCCAAACUCUCUACCUUGGAAGCUUAAACCAAGUCCAACGCAUUGCUGAUGCUACAUUGGCCAUUCUGAAGGGAGAUACUGUUUCACUUGAUGUACUGCAGAUCAAGGGAGAGAAGGAGCAGCCAGUGUUUGCAGUGACUGGAUUAAGAUGGGGAUCCUACAGAGAUGCAGGAGUUAAAGUUAGCAAAUACUGGUAUCUCGGGCCUCUGAAAACCAAAGCAGCUCAUUUUUUCAGUACACUGAAGGAAUGGCCUCAGAAACAUCAAGCAUCCCUUACAUAUUUGGGCCCAACCAAGAGACCCCCUGAGGAGCCGAAAGAGAAGCCGUCCAGACCCUCUUUGUAUGUGAGGAUUUACAGAAGGCUUUCACUGUACUGGGCAUCUCCCCAAAAGGAAAUCCCCCAGGAGGCAACCCUGGAGGCCUGGGAAGAAAUGCAGCUGUCCACCAUUGAACUCUUCAUCACGACUCAGAACAGGCAGCUUGACCUGACACGCACGGAAGACUCCAUGAAUAUUUGCAUUGAAUCAGAUACAGUCAGCAAGGGAGACUUCAUAAAUAGGGGAAGUCAAAAGAUGUGUGACCCCCAGUUGUGCCCUGAAGGAAGUCAGUGUAUCCAAGCCAGCAGAUGUAUCUUGCAGCUUCCAGAGAGACCUGAUGUGCCUUGUGGAGAAAUGAGGUCCAUACCCUGGCAGAGUGGCCCUUCCCAGGAGUUGACAGAAUCUUUGGCACUCUGCUCUUCUGGUAAAGUCCUCACCCAGGCAACUGGACUGAAUAAUGAAUGUUUUCAUUAGCCAGCAUCCUCGUUCACACAUGACUUCAACAUCAUCACAAUCUGUGGCUUUGAAAAUACCUGCAAAAACUGUCGGGCUCAGGGCUGGAUACAGUCAAGACAGACUCUGUUUACUCCCUAACUGCUGAUGAGGUCUUUAAUAAUAGAAGGCAAGCACAUGAUUUAUGUACAAAAGUAAACCCAUUACCAUGUUGAUGGACUGGCAUUAAUCACUGCUGAUUUUGUGUAUGUGUCAAUGUAAAAUAGAGGUCUGAGCGGGAUUGUUUUGAACCAAAAUAAUCACUGUUUAAUUUUUUUUCAAUCUCAAAGAAAAACUCAGCCCAGCUGUAAAUAGUAAUUCCAAGGGCAAAGAAUCCUUAAAUCUAAACAAUGCAGAUCAUUAAAGGGAUCUAGCUUUUAAUUCCUGCCAAAUUGCCAAUUAGUUACUAAGCGAGGUAAUAUUUUACAUGACAGUUGGUUAAUACAGAAUGUGCAGCCAGUAACAGCUCUCUAUGUAUUGGUGUGGCUAAACAGGCUGAAAGGCAGAGGGGGUCAAGACGCAGUAAAGAACUCAGCAGCACUCUGAAGUGGAGACAUAAGUGUGUCCAGGAACCACUGUUACAGCAUCACUGUAACAAUUGAUUCACUAUUAUGUCUGACCUA